GUCUGCUGUGAGAGUGGCGGUGUUGAGCUGUCAAUCAAACCGAAAGUAAAAAAAUACCCUAUAUAAGCCCGCACACAAUCACAGCUUCAUCACACAAACAACUCGAGCCUCAUCCUCCAGCUUCAAUACAGCAGACUUUUACCUGUACUUUGUUUUGUUUUGUUUUAACAAUGGGCGUCUUCUUCUCUAACCUUUUCUCGCGUCUCUUCGAGAAAAAAGAGAUGAGGUUGCUUAUGGUUGGUCUGGAUGCAGCAGGGAAGACGACAGUCCUCUACAAACUCAAACUCGGUGAAGUUGUCACAACUAUUCCAACUCUAGGUUUUAACGUUGAGACAGUUGACUAUAAAAACAUCUCCUUCACCGUUUGGGACGUCGGCGGUCAGGACACCAUCAGACGCCUCUGGAGACAUUAUUAUCAGAACACUAAGGGCCUGAUCUUUGUGGUGGACAGCAGUGAUCGUGACCGGAUUGAAACGGCAGCAGAGGAACUAAACGCGAUGCUGGCGGAGGACGAGAUGAGAGACGCGGUUCUGUUAGUUCUUGCUAACAAGCAGGAUUUACCCAAAGCCAUGCCGGUCCACGAGCUGACAGACAGACUGGGUUUACACGCACUGAGAGGAAGACAGUGGUUUGUUCAGGCCACAUGUGCGGUUCAAGGAUCAGGUUUAUAUGAAGGACUGGAUUGGCUCUCGGAUCAACUGUCCAAACGAUAAAACACUUCAGCGUUCAAAGUACUUGAAGAAAGGACACUAAAUCAGAACUGAAUGUAUAUAUCAUCUCCAACUUUAUUUUGAAAUAUUUAUGGAAUA